ACGCAGGCUCAUGAGGGACCAUAAAGAGAGCCAACUGUUGCCAGGGAAUAAUUUCACAAAUGAAUGCAACAUUCCAGGAAACUUCAUGUGCAGUAAUGGGCGCUGUAUCCCAGGGGCCUGGCAGUGUGAUGGGCUGCCAGACUGCUUUGAUGAAAGUGACGAGAAGGAGUGCCCAAAAGCCAAAUCUAAAUGCGGUGCCACGUUUUUCCCUUGUGCUAGUGGAAUCCACUGUAUCAUUGGCCGCUUCCGGUGCAAYGGCUUUGAGGACUGUCCAGAUGGCAGCGAUGAGGAAAACUGCACAGCAAAUCCCUUGCUUUGCUCUACUGCCCGAUUUCACUGUAAAAACGGUCUUUGCAUUGAUAAAAGCUUCGUGUGUGACAGUCAAAAUAAUUGUCAAGACAACAGUGAUGAGGAAAGCUGUGAAAGCCCUCAAGAGGCAGGCAGCGGUCAAGAUUACGUGACCUCAGAGAAUCAGCUACUCUACUAUCCUAGUAUUACCUAUGCUAUCAUUGGUAGCUCUGUCAUUUUUGUACUUGUGGUGGCCUUUCUUGCCUUGGUUCUGCAUCACCAAAGAAAACGCAACAAUCUCAUGACCCUGCCUGUGCAUCGACUGCAGCACCCAGUGCUGUUGUCCCGCCUGGUGGUCCUUGAUCAUCCACACCACUGCAGUGUUACUUACAACGUCAACAAUGGCAUCCAGUACAUGUCCAACCAGGCCUACCACAGACCAGUGGAUUUGGAUUCUCCACCGUCCUACUCAGAGGCUGUGCUAGACCAAAGCAGACCACCUUGGUUUGACCUUCCUCCACCCCCUUAUUGUUCUGAAUCUGAAUCCCCUAAUCAGCCAGACCUUCCUCCUUACCGCUCUCGGACAGGGAGCUUGGUGAGCACAGAUGCCACCAUGGUGGGAAGCCCUAUGAGCAGCGAGGGCAGUCGGACAGGAGGUGUCCAUGACAGUGGGGACUGCCACAGGACUCUUCUCGAUGGACCGGCCGGCCACAGCGACUCUCUCAUCAACCCUCUUGCUGAACGGGAAGUGUAACUGCCCUGCUAUUUCAGAUGAGCAGAAAGGGAUUUACUGUUUCAAACUAAGUGCAAAUUAAACCUUAUAGACGUAGGUGAACAUGUGCCGGAAUGAUGGCUUGAUUUGAAUCCAAACUUUAUUAAUAAUUUGAUCCAAUGUUUUGAGCUUACUGAAGAUCACAGUCAUAAGGACUAAAUCUAGAGUCACAUCAACUCCUCACAAAAUUUCUGUAAAAGCACAUUCUGGUUUGAAACAGUUAAAAAGAACAACRACAAAAAAACCCACCAUCAGUCCUUCGCUGGAGACCUGGUCGAAUAUAUUUCUGGGAAUAUUUACUGUAUAUGAAUGUAUAUAUGUGCAUGUAUAAUAUAUACAGAUUUUGGAGACAAAAACUAUGCCAGAAGAACUCCUGUUCUCAGACUUACUCUUGUCYUAUCUACCUGUGAAUCAUUUCUUCUUACUGCCUGGUGCCAAGUGGCGGUCACUGAAGCGCCAGAGAGACAGUCUUUCAGCUUGGAGGUCAGACAUCCAAUGCUAACACAUUGACAGUGCUUGUGUUGCAGAGAAUGUCCCACUUGACCCUUCUCUCCCUGGGUUGGAACAUUAUCACUGUGAAUGUAUUUUUCAACGAUUUUAAGCUUGAGAGGUUAAAACAAGUCUCUAACUGAGCAAAUAAGUUUUAUUUUUCCCAAAUGCCAGUAACUAGGUCAAAUUAGCACGGUUUUUCUCAGGAAUACCACAAAGGUUGGCUCGUCUGUCAAACUUCAAGGCUUUAGACGGAAGCACUGAAGCUUCUCAAAAAAAUAGCGCAAGACUUCUUUUCAAGCAUGGCAAAACAACAUUGCUCCUUGUGUUUCUUCUCAAAAAUGGAGAAACUAUUUCAGCUAAACUUGAACACCAAACCAGUCUGAGACAAACACCCAUUGUGGAAAACUUCAGUGUGAAUGACUAGCUUGUUAUUGCUGUAAAUAACUGAAAGGAGAUCAUGCAGUGAAAGGUGUUGGGCUUUGUGCCUGUCAUAACUGUCUGCAGUGCAUAUACAUGACAUACAUGCAUGGAGACACAUAUUUAAUACUGUCUAUGUAUGUAUGCAAAUAACAUCAUAUUACAUAGUUUUUAUUUGCAUCUGUAUAACCCUGAAAUUUCAAAUUCUCUAAUAUAGAAAUCUCAUUCCUUUAUGCAGAGUUAGCCAUUUUUCAUAUUCAUUUGGCUGGAAUCAAGUUGCUGCAUACAGACAGAAGUUCUUUUUGUUUAUUUGUUUUUCCUCUAUCUUAAUUCUUGGAGCAUUCUCAUGUGAAAUGUUGCAGUGCACUGUUUUGAAUUGCCCUUGUGAAAUCAACUCAGAUGUAAAGGUAUUCAGAGUGGCAAGAAAUAAGGCAAGCUGUGAAUUUAAGUGUCACUAUGUUGCUGUGCUUGUGCAUAGUAUACAGAGAGGAGUGCAAUGUGUUUCUCUUGUCUGAAAAGAAACUGGUCUUGAAAAUUAUUUGUAUCUGCCUGUUAGACGCAUUUCCCACUUCCCUUCACUCGCAUAAUGAAGAGUGUCAUUAUGUUGACUUUGUAUGAAAAAAGUCAAUCGUUCCCCAAGGGUUAUGUGCUAAGAGUUGAGCCUGAGCUGGGUGUGGAUAGGGGAGUGACUCAAGUUAGGUCUCACUUGCCACCCUGUGUAAUUCAGUUGGUUCUGUGCUGCUUGCUCCUCUCUACAUCAGGAGGUCACUGCUGUAGGAGGCAGGCACCAGGUGGAUUUUGCAAGCCUAGGGUGUUCUAACAGCUUGUAUGGUAGGGAGCACUGCAGCACUCUAAUGGUCUUUGCUCAAUCUGGAAGCAAAUUUUCAACAAAUUGCCCUGUAGGUUUAGCAGCCUCACCUCAGCGAAGGUGCUGGUAAGUACUUGUAAGAUUCCCUCCUUGGUGGGAGCUCAAGCAAUGAGCUUAUGCCAUUUUGCACAAAAUGGGAUUUGGCUAAUUGAGUGCUCRCUCCAUACAGCCUCAUAGGCAGACUUGUCAUUGCCAUAGAGCACAUAGAUAUUUAUUUUACAAGUAGGUUAAAUUCAGGCAUAUAGCUGAGUUAGUAGGGAAACUGGGUGCUCAGGGGUACCCUGUGGGCAUUAAACUCUGCAGGCCUCCUUUCCUUAGAAUAUGCUCAGCCUUCUGUACCAGAGCUACAUAGUACAGUAUCAGAAUUAUUCUUAACAUUUUUGUCUUGCUGUUUUUAAAACAUAUUAAGCUGUUCUAAAAGGUUUAACUUUCAUUUAAGGUAUAAUAUAAACCUUAAGAGAAGUUAUAGGAGAGUUCAAAGUAGUUUCAUUAUACUUUUUUUUAAACAAAAGAAAAUGUAGCCUGUAGCUGUAUUAAGGAAACUUAAGUCACUGUGUCCAUGUAGCUUUCAUGGUACAUAUCCCUCACACUAGCCUUCCAGGGGAACUGCCUUUCACCCAUGUUUCCUGGGAUACCAGAGUAUGUCUAAACCAAAUACACGUUUGCCUGUAGCGUCUGAAAAACACUGCCUGGCCUUUUUCA